UCAUGGAGAAAAUUUGGCAAACUGUACAGCGAUGAUCCACAGAGACAGUUGACAUUAGUCUGCAGUCACUAAGCCACACAAGUCACUGUUUAAAAAUAAAAAAGCACGAAAAAAUACGUUAGGCAGCGAAGCCAUGAAAGGGGAACAUUGUUGUAGCGAGGGACUACUUUAAUACAUAACCCUGACGUCAUCAGAUUGAGCCGCUGUAGUGAUUUGCGCUUUUUCGUGCCUUCAGACCUUGUUACGACAAAAACUCAUUUGCGGCUCAGUCGCUAGGUUACCGCCGUUUGGUCCCGCCUUUGUUCCAAAUAAAACUGUUUUUGAUUGGUCUCGCUUUCUCGUGCCGUUAAGCGACAGCGGCUGUCGCGUUGCCAUGUCAAUAAAGCGGAAUCUGGACACUAUUUUUAGUGCAGUAUUUUGAGAAAUAUGCGACGAAACUCUUUGUAAAAUUCCGAAUGAAAAAAUCAAGUAAUUAAUGCAUCGAGGCAAGGAAUAAAGACCUGGGAAGGGCAUGCUUUAGCGUUCAUCCACUUGCCUUGUCUGACCGCUCCAAAAUGGAUGCAGAAAUGGAUUCUCAGAGAAGUGUGACUGGUGACAGCCAAUCUGAAUGCAGAUCUGAUGAGCUCUUCUGCAGAUCCCCGGAACAAGACGGAGACGUUCUUUUACAGGGAGACACGGCCUCUCAGACUUUAAUGGACUGCAGCUCUUUAAGCGGGUUCAGUGAUCCUGCUCUUGCAAACAUUCAAUGUAGUCCAACCCCCGCUCAGUGUUCGAAUGGACAAAAAUCAAAGAGGCCCAGUUCUCCCGGCCCUCACCCGGUUAAAGCAACCUGUGUCGCCGUACACUCACCCAAUCCUAAACCCACCUGCUGCGCGAGCCCGCGGAAGGGCCCGCAACCUGACGACGUGGAGAUGCAAAGUCCAAACAGCCCCGUAAAUAAAACGCUGCUCGUCAACAGCUCGGCAGGAGAUGGUGCCGCUUGUGUCGAAGAGUGUGCAGAGACCAUGGGAGACAAAUCUCAGCACUUUGUUUCAGAGCUCGACUCCGCAUGCUCGGCCGCAGGAACCGGAGAUUCUGUGCUGGCAGAUUGUAGCGAUUUAUCAGAUGUAAGCCAGGAAUUGAUUACCAAACAAUCAGGUGCUACUUGUGAAAGUCCUUCCAGUGUUCCAUCCCCUAUGCAUGCCGUGACCAGAGGAUGGCUGGGGACCCCCAUAGAGGAGCUGAACAGGAUGCCCCAAUGUGCUCCCCCUUUGUCUCACCUGAAAGCCAUACCUACACACACCGUCACAGUAAGGACAGAUCUCCUCAGGGAGGGAGAGGUGCCUGUCCCGUACCCCGGCAAGUUCAAAGACGCUUGGGAUGACGUGUCCGUCAAGAUGCCUUGCUCUGAGAAGAAUCUGUUUCCACUGGAGACGGAGGAUGGAGGCGGUGUCCAGAGUCGGUGGGAAUUAAUCCACUCGGCCUUGCAAGGAGGGUUCAAGAGUUCUCUGGAUGUGAGGGAUGCUAUCUUGCGAUACAACACAGCCCAUGCGAAGAAAUGGGACUUCACCGCCCUCAACCUUCUUUGCACAGAGUGUCUGGAGCAUUGCGAGGUUCAGCACCUUUACGAGGCCGUGCUGCCUUCCAUGGUCAAACUGGCACUCAGUGCUCCGCGCCUCUGCACUAUGCCAAUUCCCCUGCUGAAGUCACGGAUGAACCAUUCCUUAACCAUGUCUCAGGAGCAAAUCGCAUGUCUUCUGGCUAACGCCUUCUUCUGCACGUUCCCGCGACGCAACUCCCGCAAGUCGGAAUACUGCAACUAUCCCGAGAUCAACUUUUACAGGUUAUUUGAAGGCUCUUCAUCACGAAAAAUCGAGAAGUUGAAAACCCUCAUCUGCUACUUUAGGAGAGUUGCGCAGACCAGACCAAAGGGCCUCGUGACAUUCACAAGACAAACAAUGAGCACGCUUCCAACCUGGGAGAACUGCCAGACUCAGCUGACACGCUUACAUAUCACUUGCGAUGGGACAAUCGAGGAUGACGGUUAUGGGAUGCUGCAGGUGGACUUUGCAAACCGAUUCGUAGGUGGCGGCGUCACGGGACAUGGCCUGGUCCAAGAAGAGAUCCGGUUCAUCAUCAACCCCGAACUCAUUGUUUCCCGUCUCUUCACUGAAGCACUGGAGUACAACGAAUGCCUCAUUAUUACAGGUGCUGAGCGGUACAGUCGAUAUUCUGGCUAUGCUGAAACAUAUAAGUGGGAUGAGUGCUACAAGGAUGAGACACCGAGGGACGACUGGCAGAGACGGUGUACAGAGAUUGUGGCAAUUGAUGCUCUGAAAUACAGAAACUUCCUGGAGCAAUUUCUGCCUGAAAAGAUGACGAGAGAGCUCAACAAGGCGUACUGUGGAUUCUUCCGAAAUAAUGCCAACAGAAAGCACUUGUCCGCAAUAGCCACUGGCAACUGGGGCUGCGGCGCUUUCGGCGGAGACACGAGACUCAAAGCCCUGAUUCAGCUGAUGGCAGCAGCAGAGGCGGGCAGGGACGUGGCGUACUUCACCUUCGGAGAUGCUCUGCUCAUGCGAGAUGUUCACAACAUGCACACUUUCUUGACUGAGAAACAAGUCACCGUGGGGAGGCUGUACGGCCUUUUGAACCAAUACUCCAAUUUGGUUUGCAAGAACUGCCGCACCAAGAGACCCGAUGUCAGCUUGUACGAUUUCAUCUACCGGAAGGUCUCUUCCCCUACGACCACCGAUGCCUUGGACUCUGCUAAGGACUCUGGGAUGUCCCCUAUAAAAUCGGAUUCUCAUUAAAAAAAAAAACCCUAAAAGUCCCAAACUCCCCUCCUCCAGGUUGAGAAACCUCAGUCGUGUGCUUACAAUCACUCUUCCAAGUGCACCUCAAUAAUUAAAAUAUUGCAGAAAACAUUCAUUUCAGUAGUUCAAUUAAUAUGAACCACAGGCUUGUCACAAAGUACGAAAGAUCCGUGAGAACUGUCGUUUAUUGAUUGAAGGUUUCUCCAUCAAGAACCAUUAGUCUAAAUGAAGCUCCUCCGCUCAUUUCAGCAUCGUGCCAAGAUGUCGCUACAUGAUGCCAAAGUCAUACUUUUAUAUUCGAGACAGUCACCCAACAAUAAAAGAUCCGUGACUCGCUGUAUUCACUGAAAAAAAAAUAUAUAUUUUGCUCCCAUCACUCUGUUAAACCUUUGUGACUAUAGUUAGUAGAGAUGAUGGAUGGAUGGAUAAAGAACAAUAAAAAUCCAUCUCAAAACUAUUACAGUUAGCGUAAUAGCAUAAUUGCCCAAGGCAAUAGAAUAUACAUAUGAUCCCAACAUUUUUUUUUGUCUUUUGAGAUCUGUGAUCCAGAUCAUUGUCAUCUGCAAAGGUUAAAAUCAAGGCAAACUGACUCUGAAUAGUAAAUUUUUUAUUACUUUAUUUUCCGAAAACUUUUUAAAAAUGACCCAGGCAAUCAUAACGAGAAUCAAAAUUCAGUCCAGCCCACAUUAAGCAGGAAGUGGCCUUCUGAAAUUCUGUUGAAUAAUAUAUGUUUCACUUUUCGAAUGAAACUACUGAAAUAAAUGAACUUUUUAGCAAUAUCCUCAUCGAUUGAGAUACACCUAUACCCUUUAAGUUUGUGAUUCCUCCAACACGCAAACUACCAAAACACAGCCUUGCCUUUCUUGCUGGUGGUGAGUGUAUUGCAAGAGCCUUGUAGUCGUCACCCCAUGUGGUGAAAUGUUUCCAGUUCAUAGCAAUAGAAAAUCCUUGUUGCUGUUCGGCCUUUUUGACCAUGCAAACGUGGGUCGUGGAAUGUGCAAGCUUUCAUUCCCGUACGGUUGAUGACAAGACACCCAAACGUUGUUUUUCCACUACAGGGUAUCGGCUAGAUUAAGCUCUAAGUAGCUCUACUCGCCUCAGUUUAAGGAUGGGAACUGCAAAAAAUAAAAAAUUGCAAUGAAUGCAUUGGGCCUUCAUACAUGCUAGUGACCUGCUAGCAUAAAACAGCAAUGGAUAAAAACGAAACUAAUUUUUCGAAGUCUGAGCCGCGCAGAUGUAUGGAGACGAGGGAUGCAACAAUAUCAAAAUAUGGAACGAUAGCUUCACGGUUUUGAGACCAUGGUACACUAUUAUUGUGGUAAACAAAAAACAUGGGGUAAAAAAUAUACUGUAUAUAUAUAUAAUAUGGAAAAUGAAGCACCAGGAAUAUUUAAAAAAAAUUCUUACUGUAAUAUUGCUCAAAAUUUUCAAUUGCAAAGAGGCGGUGCAGGAACAUUGAGUGAUUCAAGUCAUGAGCAAAUGUAAAGAAAAAGAAACUUUAUUCUGAGUGUCUUCUUUAAAAAAAAAAAAGGUAAUGUAAACCUUCAAUGUCACAAUUGGAAAACCGUGUUCAGUUUAUUGCCUUUAAACUUUUAACUGAAAAUGUAAAGCGAUUUCAACAAGAAUUAAAAAAAAAUCUGUUCUGUGUCCCUUUAAAUUGUUUCAAAAAUUGAAAAACAUUGUGAACAAAACCUUUUCUUUCUGAUGCAAAUAAUUAUUCACCGAUGUGUCACGCUGUUGUAUAGCGCCAACUACUGCCUAGGAGGACUUAUAAAUGUCACAUUUUCUUCGCCUUAAAUAUUAGAGGCUGGUAUCGGCAAUCUCCAUGACUACCCGAUCCUCCAAAAUAGGCUUGAUAUCGGCCCGAUUCAAAACCUGGUAUCGGUGCUAGCUAGCCCAUCCCUCAACGAUUUUGAGAAAUAAUCUUACAGCGAUUAAAUUUUUCCCUCUUUAUUGCAAUUAUAUAUUUCACAAACACAAGCAAGAACUUGUAUGGCUACUUGAACCGAGUAGGAUUGGAAAAGAUCCAUUUAAACACGAUCAAAUAUUCUCCACAUGCAUGUUUGUGGACACUUCAUCCGAGAUUUGGUGAUGCUCCACUGUUGUCAGUAUGAUCUUCUCUUUUCUCUAUUUUAGCGAAAGUGGCCCCUAAAGAGGCAGUGAGUGACUGAGAGUGACCGCGCUGUAGUCCAUGCAUGGGUAACAUACCGUAUAUCUGAUCAAAUACUCUACACAUAUAUGCUGCUCUUUUAUAUCUUUGUUGGACAUUAUUUAUACAGCACAACAGACUAUUAUUAUUGUUUAAAAAAAAAAAAACACCCUCCCCACCUUAUAUACAAAGUGAGGGACCCAAGAAGAAUUGCACGUUGUUUUUCCACAGCAUUUACGAUUGACUGUCAAUGAUGCAGGGACACUAUUUAAUGAUGCUUUGGUUCCAUUAUCCGGUGACGAUUGUCAAUGUAUCGCAUAGCACUGUAACUGUAGGUUUCUCGGUUGCACUCGUUUCAUUAUGGUUUCUUAAUUAAAACACAACCCUGCUCAAGUC